UCAGGAAGCAAAUGGCACACUCGACGAAAACUAUUAACGCCUACGUUUCAUUUUACCAUACUGCGACAAUUUGUUGACGUUUUGAUUGAAGAAAGUAACCGGAUGAUAAAAUUCCUAAAAAAUAAUGAAGGACCAGUUAUAAAAGAUUUAGUCUUAGUUCUUAGCAAACAUACACUAAACGCAAUAAGUGAAACCGCCAUGGGAAUCUCUUUGCAUAAUUUUGACACAUUUGAAGAUCAGUAUCGAAAAUCAAUAGAGGAUAUGGGUCGCUAUGUUACUCACAGAGUACUAUCUCCCUGGCUGUAUGUCAAUUUGAUGUUCACAUUAUCGCCAACAGGAAGAAAUCAAGCUAAAACUUUAAAGACAUUACACGGAUUUACUGAAAAAAUCAUUAUGGAAAGAAAACUUUAUCACGAACGCACAGAAGGCCGAUAUUUAAAAAACAUUGGAAAUAACACAGUAGAAACAGAGGACGUAGAAGUGAAUGGAAGUACGUACCGCAAUCACACAGAUAAUGUUGUUACUAAAAUUUGAUAAGGAUAAAAUAUAAGAUGAGGUUUUAGCGAUAUUUGAGUGAGAUAAUAUUAACACAACAGAACAUCUAAUAUUUUUUUGCUACAUAUAUAAGAUUUAUUUAAUGUUUUACUUACACUAUAGAAGAUAAAUUAAAAAAACCUUGAUGAAAAAACCAAACUAAUAGAAAGUAAGUCAAAUUAAAUAAACACUGUAUAGUAUAUGAGCUAUCUUAUAAAUUUUGGAAUGUGACUUAAAUUUUAUGUUAUUAUGUGCAUAAAAUAUAAUUUACAUUUAAACAAAUUCUCAAAGAUUAUAACAAGAAACAUCUAUAUAGUGUUUUUGAUAAAUAUGCUGAUUAAGGAAGCAGCUUUUAACAAGGUUGAUAUUGACAUAUGUUAUCAAGGUCAUGACCUUGAGUGACCUUCAAAAAGUUUUAAAUAAUGCUCACUGUUCGUUAAAAAGUUAUUAACAAAAAAUGUUGGUAAUUGUUGUUGGUAAAUGUUGGUAAUUAUUAACAAAAAACGUUGGUAGAUAUGUGCGUUUUCCCAAUUUUGGCUAUUUUAAUCCGGUUUUUAUAAAAAACACUGUAUUUUAUCACUAAAAUGAGGAAUUAAUCGGAGAAGCUUGAAAAAAACUGUUUAUUAAAAAGUUAUACUCACAAGAAGUUUUAUAAAUAAACCUUCAGUUUUGGAUAUUGUGUACAUUUCUCAAGUAAAUAAUUAGUAUAACUUUGAACUUUACAUAUUAUAUCAACAUACAUCUUUGUUUUUAUGUCGUCAUCGAUUGUUUAUGUCUUAUAGGUAAAUGUUUAAUAUAGAAUAAAUAAAAGAAUAAUUAUAAAACUUACGAUAAGCUUGAAAAGUAUAGGCUUAGAUGUACGGACUACGCUCGUUUCUGUGUGGGUGCACUCUCCCACAUAAAAAAAAAUAAAACUUAGGGAAAAUAUCAAUGGCCGAAAGUAUUCUUUAGAAAGUAUCUGCGUGAAGUGUAUUCCAUUUCUCUACAGAAAGAUACUACUAUAAAAAAAUUAGACACAUAAGUGUAUAAGUUUCAUGUACACUUUCCAAGCAGUAUUUUUAGCCAUUGAUACUUUCCCUAUCUCUAAGUUUUGUUUUUUUUUUUUGGGAGAGUACACUCAGGGACAAGUGUAGCCCGUCCCUUUGUGCGUUAUCUCACCUAUGCAUUAACUUUUCAAGCUUAUCGUAAUUUUUAUAAUUAUUCUUUUAUAUUUAUUCUAUACGAAACAUUUAUAUAUAAAACAUAUUACGUCUACAUUAUCGUAUAUUAUGUGUAAAAGACAUAUGUGUAAAAGGCAGAUUUGUUUUUCUCUAUACACAGUUUUUGUUAAUAACUUUUCAACGAAUAGUUAUUAAGCAUUACUUAAAAGGUGGGCAUUACUUAAAAAGUAAUAAAAAAGGUGAGCAUUACUUAAAAAGUAAUAAAACCUUUCGAAGGUUACUCAGGGUCAUGACAUUGAUAUAACAAACUCAGGGUUGUCGGAAGCUGCUCCCCUAAUCGAUAUAUUUACCGUGUUUUUUAUAUUUGAAAGGAAGGUCAGAAAAAAGUACCAAUUUUUGCCUAUAAUCUGGGAAGUAAAAUACAUGUGAAUUAUUGUUGUUGGUACUUUACAGAAUAUGAAAACAUGUUUUUAAGUAUGGAAACUAAUAAGCAAUUAAUGAGAUUUGAUGAUAAAGAUGUGAUAUUACAAUAUCAGCGGUUUUCAAAUGUCGUAUGUAGUAUCUCACAAAUGGUUCAACCGAUUUUCUUCAAAUUUGGUAAAAAAGUAUUUUGAGGACAAGAUAAUAUUUCUAUUGAUUUUUCGGGAAAUCGACUCAGGCUCACAGAGGCGUGAAAAGGGAGUUUUGUGUCAUAUAUUAGCAUAUCAUCAUCAAAAUCUUGCAUAACACUAGUUGAAAAAGAUUUAGUAGUUCGAGUUGUAGUUUUAGAAUAUUUCGAACAAAACAAAGAUUCAUUGGAUAAAUGAAAAGAGGAGCGUGGUCAUUUUCAAGCAAUUUACCACAUACCUCAUGAUUUUUUGUCAUAUUUGUUAAUUAAAAUAAACUAGAAACAAUUAAAAUAAAACUAACAAACCGGUGAUUUAAUGGUUGGAUGGUUGUGAUAUUUUUUCAAAUCGGAGUAACUCGAACUGACUGCGCGACUAGGAUUCGACUCCAGGGCUCGAUUCAAAAGUGAAAUCGAGUCAUAAAACAACGGAAAACUCGUUGCCUUCGUCCUGCUCAGAAUUGCACGAUCGCCAUAUGUUGCGACAAUAUGCAACGGCCGAUUGAAUAUAUAAAAAAUGUAAAGGUACGACUCUUCGGCGGCACAUGUUGCAAUGUCUUUCGUAAGAUCGUGAUCUGCAAGGACACUGCCUUCAAUUUUUCUUUUAGUUAAAACAGAACGCUACAAUUUUAGACAUGAUAUCGAAACAGUAAAUUUUGGUUUUUUUUUUUUUUUGACUGUCACUUUAAAUAAAAAAAUUAUUUUAUUCUUGACAUAUACAUUCCUGACAAACUAGGAAUGCAAAUUUCACUGAUUAACCGACAGUAUUUAUUUAUUUAUUUAGACUUUUUAAUAUUUUGACGGUUCGCUUUUAUACGUAUUGUUCUGAGUUAUUAGUCAUGUAUUUUCUUGAUUUGCUAGCGCACAUAACAGUUACUACUAUUGCUGACUAAUUCUGAAUAGAUGCGUACUAAUUGUACCGGAUAGCUCAAUUUAAAAUCUAUAUUAUUGUGUACUCUAUUAUCAACCAAUUUCCUAAUCUAAAAUUUAAUAUUGAAUUACAGAAUCUUUGCUGAAAAAUAUCAAAAUAAAUUAAUGAUCAAAACGUUCAUUUACCAUACAGAUAUGAGUUACUCCGAUUUGAAAAAAUACCACAACCGUCUAACUAUUAAAUCGCCGGUUCUUUGGUCUAUUUUAAGUGUUUCUUUAAUUGUUUUAAGCCGGUUUCUUUAACCACUUGCGGUAGAAAGACGUGCCACGCACGUCGAGAUGCUUCAGUUCACCGGAACGCCAGCGACGUGUUCCACACGUCGUCAGGCGAUUGUUGCAGAAAGAAAAAUGACGUGCGUGGCACGUCAACUGUGACGCAUUUAUUUAUUAAUAAAUAAAUUUAGUAUUCAUACAUAUAUGUAAUUUUAUCAUUAGUUGAUGCGCGUUCUGACACGCGCAACUGUGAAUUUCUUUGCACCGCAAGUGGUUAAAUUAUUAAAAUAGACCACCAGAAAAAAAAAACAAAUUCAAACGGCUAUGUAAAAACGUGUGGCACCCACGAAUGUCCUGAAUAACUCGGAGUUGCCGAGUAUUCUACUUAAAAUUCCCAACUGGAAAUUCUUGAUUGCAAGUAACGCGGGACAGUAUUGCCCUUUCGUCGUAAACUUAAAAUCGUAAUGUUAGAAAACUUGCUAAGUUCAAUAGAACCUGUGCGCAAAUUGUCCGUCAGUGUUCUAAAAUACACCCCCCGCUGCCGCAUCAACAGUUUAAUAGUAAUUAUGUUUCCAUUGAAUGCAGAAUGUGAUAAAAACAGUAUUAUACUACAUGAAAGAACCAGCAAAUGACGAGAUGGAUUUUUACAUCAGAAUGUUAUAUAUUAUAAUCCAUUAAUUCUAUUUUAUUUGAUAUUACACGGAACAACUUCACUUACGCAAGUAAACAUUAUUACUUGAUAAUGAUUUCAAGUAAAUUGUGUAAAUACAAAUAGAUAUUCUUUGUCUUUAUCCUAAUUUAUACUAGAUCAAAUAAAUCGAUUUUGAAAUGUCAUAUUUACUUCAUAAAUAUUUAGUUGCUAAUAUGAAAAUAAUUGUGUAUUUAACGACUUUUUAGUCCAAUUUAAUUAUUUUUUAAUUAUGUAUUUGUCUUCAAUAAAUUCUUUUCCAUGUACCGUUUAGUGGAAAUGUAGUCAUUAAUGAUAUAUCGGUAUAUAUAUUGUACAUUCAGUAUUUAUGGCAAAAUAUUUUCUUCACUUUCUCUUGGAGGCUCGAGUCAAUUUCCUCAAAGAUCAACAGAAAUAUUGCCCUGUCCCCAAAGUACUUCCGUACCGAAUUUGAAAAAAAUCGGUCAACCGUUUACGAGAUACUACACACAACAUUUGAAAACCGCUGAUAUCGUAAUAUCACAUCUUUAUUAUCAAAUCUUAUUAAGUUCCCAUUGAUUUUCAUACUUAAAAGACAUGUUUUCGUAUUCUAUAAAGUACCAACAACAAUAAUCCACACGUAUUUUACUCUUCGGAUAAUAGGCAAAAAUCGGUACUUUUUACCGAAUCUUCUUGGUAUAAAAGUAUCUAAAGCUGAACUUCGGUUAAUUUUACCAUAUAUUAUUUAUGAUUUUAUAAUUUUCUAGCAUGAUGUGCAAAAAUAGAUACAAAAGGUUUUGAUUUACUUUUACUGAUUGGCUAAUGAUGAUCAAAAUACUUAAAUGAUCAAAAUAUUUCAAAAUUAUUAAAAUUGAUGUUCGUUAAGACGGUACUGGAUAUCGACCUGUAAACUGAAGAGAUUGACAUUUUAAAAACUUAAAUUUUUAAAUUUAUUUACUGAAUCACAUAAAAAAUGCUUCUACAGAAAAUAAAU